UGAUCUGGGAUCAGGGAAAAUGUUGAAGGUUGGGUUGGGCUGGACGGAUUCAACUGGUAACUUAAAAGUUUUUCGUGCGCUUUAAACUUAAACAACGCGAAUCUAUCGUAUAAAGUUCGCAAUGUUCUAAAAGCAGCGCUAAAAACAAACUAAAACGAAUCGCCUUUGUGGUGUUUUUGUUUUCAGACUGUAGCCAUGAUUACUCCAAAUUAGCUGUCGCGCUAAACGCAGCGAAAUGGACUUGGUUUUGCGUGUCAUUGCGAAGCUUGGUUCGGAUUUCAGGAUGGAACCGAAGUCGAAUCGGUGCAGAAUCGAUUAACGAUGCUCUCCAGAAAGAAGAGUAAAAACGAAGCGUCCAAACCAGCCGAAGUUCAGGGCAAAUAUGUGAAGAAAGAAACGUCCCCGCUGCUAAGAAAUUUGAUGCCCUCAUUUAUCCGGCAUCCAACAUUUCUUCGGCGUGAAGCACCAUUAGUGGAGCCGGUUCCGCCUGUGGUUCCGUCCGGUGCAGGCCCAUAUUCCUCCGCUUCUGUAGGGGAUGUCAGUGGCCCCAAAAGCUUCCUGCGCAAUGCACCGACCCGAACGGCCCUCGAGGUCUCACGUAGAGAGAGUAAUCGUCUUUCUGCCCCACCACAUUUUCAUCACGAUUACACACCUUCAUCGCCCUCAUACAUUAGCGAUACUGCUUCGGUAACAGAAAACGGAGACGGUGGUCCGUAUUACUACCCACCUGAGCCAUACUACAAUAACCAAGCCAGACGAUCGCACAGGCCGGACCAUUUUAAUGAAAACUACAGAUACUAUGAGCAUAAUGACCUUAAUUACCCACGAAACCCUCCACAGUCCCAGACGCCCCAGCCUCACAGUCGCCCACCUCCGGCAAUUGGGCGUGUGCCAGCUAAAUCUCUUGGCAAUCUGACGACUAUGAGCGGGGAUGAGGCGGUCCUUCCUCCUGGCUGGACUGUUGAUUGGACAAUUCGAGGCAGGAAGUAUUUCAUUGAUCACAACACAAACACUACUCACUGGAGCCAUCCACUGGAGAGGGAGGGGCUUCCACCAGGUUGGGAGAGAGUGGAGUCAGCCGAGUUUGGAGUGUACUACGUUGAUCAUAUCAACAAACGUGCCCAGUACAGACAUCCUUGCGCACCCAGUGUUCCACGUUAUGACCAGCCUCCUCCUCCGCCAGUCACUUAUCAGCCCCGCCCACCAGAACGAAACCAAGCUGUACUGGUACCAGCAAACCCAUAUCACACAGCUGAGAUCCCAGACUGGCUGCAGGUGUAUGCCAGAGCCCCAUUAAAGUAUGACCACAUCCUGAAGUGGGAGCUGUUCCAGUUGAUGGAUUUGGACACUUAUCAGGGGAUGCUAAAGCUGCUCUUUAUGAAGGAGCUGGAAUGUAUUGUCAAAUCCUACGAAGCAUAUCGGCAAGCGCUGCUCUCUGAACUCGACACGCGCAAACAGCGCCAGCAGUGGUAUGCUCAACAACAGCCAACCAAAAACUUUCCUCAGAACAUGUGACUCGAUGUGAGAGACGCACCUUUAGCGUUAUCUAUGCCUAUGCAGUUUAUUUUUUCAGCUUAAAACAUGAGCCCAAAGAUAUGCUACAUAAAGGCCUGAUGGGAACUGAAGACUCAUUUGUAGAUUUCAGCCUUUGUACAGCUGUGUGUGUUGUUUGCAUGCGAUUGUGUGUUUGCCUAUGCUGGCCUGCAAGUGGCGGGUGAUGUUGGGACUCUUUAUAGACAGUCUCGAUCAACAGUUAUAAAUGUUGUGCGUUUAAUACGAGUCCGGUUCGCCUCAUUGGUUUAGUUUUGGGAGUCUCACAAAAUAUCAAGUUUGAAGUCUUAAGGUUUAGCACUUUUAGGAUUUUUUGCACUGUGAAUUUUCAUGACACACAUUAUUCAUACUGUACACAAUGCAUACUGGUUAGCAGAAAAUAAUAGCCAUAAAAUAAAUACUAUGCUAAACUUAUUUAUCAUGAAAACAUAAUAAAAAAUCGUAAAGGUCCUAAAUAUAUCAAGGAUAUCUAAGGCUUCAUCAUCUAUAGAAAACUUUUUCUUUGGGUGAAAUAUGACCCAGAUGUUUGUGAGAUUUACCUUUUAAGGUUGGUGGAUUCCUUUAAGGUAUUGUCUUCUUUAUUUAAAGAUUAAUCUUCCAUGGAUUUAAGAUAAAGUCAUUUGUGGCAUUUUGGUUUGUUUAAGUGUAUUUUUCAGUUACAGUUUAUAAAAAUUAUGGAUAAAAGUUUGUAAAAUCUUUUAUGAGCAUCAACCCCAAAUAAACCAGGACCUUAUAUUGUA